UAUUUUCCGUUAUCAUUUUGUAUAGUAGUAUAUUUAUUAACAGUGCUGCAUAGUAGUUAAUUAUGUUGGUAUUUUUUGGCAUUUCUGCACCGCGGUCACACUGUCUAUUGUUGAUUAAAACGUAAACAAUGUCGCUUGUCGCUGACUAUAGCGAUUCAUCAGAAUCCGAUGUGGAAAGCAGCAGCAGUGAGUCCGAAAAGGAGGGAACAAACAAGUCAACUAGCCCGCCUGCCACACAGAAGCCCUUGAAGCUGCCGAGUGCUAGCGAUGCAUUGGAUAAUGCGGCUGCAAAACGAACCGGCGAUGUGUUUAGCAAUCCGUUUCUGGAGGCGGAACUGCAUAAGACCGCUUCACUGGAAAGACAUGUGAAAAUGGUCAAUAACGAUGCUCACUUGCAGCUGAAAAACGGACGCAAAAUCUGCUGGAACUAUCGAAAAGGACGCUGCCGCUUUGGUACCAGUUGUCAAUACGCGCACGACUCGGAUCUCUCUGUGGAGGCGGCAUCUGGAGGUGAGCCUAAGACGGAAACAGCCGCACCAACAGGCAACAAAGGCGCUGCUGCUAAUAAGAGAAAACGACCUGGUUUGAGCGAUGGCAUAGAGCCAGGCAAGAGGGUAAUGAAAUCUUACCAGCAGCAGCAACUGGGAGCAGGAGCAGGAACAAGACGUUAACUAGGUUUCAAAUGAUGC